AGGUAAAAAUGGAGAAGAACGAGAAGAACGGAGUGUUCUCGCGAGUAAGAUCUCGUUGGAGAAGCAUUUUCUCAAAGAAAGCUAAUCCAGUGAAACUUCGCGAUUGCAACCGGCUGACUUUCGAGCGAAUUCUCUCGGAUCCCAACGAACAAAUUGGCACAAUAGUGGCACAGGCGACUGUUGAACCGAUCACAUUACCAAACGGCGGCGGAAUUGCACUUAUUCAGGAGACAACGCUUUAUGAAGAAGAUUACGGGCUUGAAGAUUCAUCCAAUUUCCCGAUAAUCUCCGAAACCGCUCAGAGCUUGCGUCGUCGCAUGCGAAGACUGUCCUCUGGAGAUCUGAACGUUAUAAGAAGAAUGACAGAAGAAAUAGAUUUCGAUUUGAAGUUUCAGAAUAUCAUCUACGAUGGAAACGAGAUCACCGGAGAAACCGACGCUGAUAACGGGAACGAUCGUGCUUGUUUCAAGCCGGGACCCGAUUAUCCAAUUGACCAACAGAUGCUGUUUCUGAAACAAUGCAUCAAAAAGAUAGACACACGGCCACCGAACAUGUAUUAUUUGACAAAUGGCUGGUCAGUCGAUAACUUUGAAGCGCUUUUCAAGUAUAUGAUCCGGUCUGGAGAGGACUGUUCAAGGGAUACUCUUCUGAGAGUUGAAUUCAGAGAUUGUGUUGUCUCACUGAAAUCUUUGUACGACUUUAUUGAAGAAUACGCAACAUUCAAAGGAGUUAAGAUGCAUUCUGACUACGUCUACGCUAUUGUUCACUCGAGAAAUGAGAAACUUGAGAGACGACUGCGAGGCGCCAUUGAUUCAUUUAUGGAAAUUGAAUCGAAAAUUCGUCAGGCGAGAAUAUCCUACGUGUCGUCGUUCACAAUCAACUCACCGCACACUCCGAAUGUGUCAAUUAUCGUGAAAUUCUGUUGCCUGAAACCGUGUAACUCAGAUGCCAAGACGAAAAUGAGACAAAUUUCUGUUCAAGUCGACCACGUGACAGGGCGUUCUCGAAUGUCACUUCCAGAUGUUCGACAGCACGAAGGACUCGUUUGUGAAUGUUUGGGUGAUUUCUCACUGAUAAGACAUCGGCCGACGUCUGUUCCAGUCACAAAGAUUCUGGAUGAACAUCCGCCGCUGAUUGUUGACGAAGAAGUUCGUUUGAAGAGCUCUUAUCAGUUCAAUCCGGUCACUGGAGAACCGAUUCCCGACGAUGAGCAGCAGCAAGAACAAACUGAGAUUGAGGCAAGUAUCGAGGAUCCACUGGAAAUCAAUGAUUUCGUGGAAAUGUUCCCAUUAAUUUUGGUGCUUCUCGAAAAAGCUGGAAUCCAGGAACUGGAAGACGGCGAUGCUCCAGAAAAAUCGGUUUCAAAAUAUCCGAAAAAACGAUCGAUUGUCGAUGGAGCGUCAUCAGAAACAUGUGAAGAUACACAAUCGGUUGGCUCGUCUGAAAGUUCUGAGCCAAGAUCUCCAGAAUUUACUGAAUAUUCGGAAUCGGAAGACACUGCUGCGGAUUCGGAGACUUCAGAUUCCGAGUCUUCAUCUGAAGAUGAGAAGGAGAACAUGAAAUCUUCAAUUAAAGAACUCGAAUUGAUCAAGGAUGCUCCAGAGGAUCUUUAAAUUCUUCUUCAUUCCGUUAAUGUUUAUUCUAACUUUAUAUUUAUUGUUAUAGAGAGAGCCACAAUUAUUGUUCUUAUUGUACUAUGCUUAAAGUUGCCAAUUCAUAUGUCAUUUAUAACCCAUAAUAGUGUCUCUAGUUGCUCCCCCCACCAUCUCGCUUUAUUUUUUAUUUUUUCUCAUAAUUUUCGUGUACCACGGGUACUUAGAGGUUCAUAAAUUCGAUUAUUUCUUGCCCCCUGAUCCCCUUAUACAUAAUCCAAUCAUCUCCCGUACCACACAAUCGUUGAUAAUUAACUAAUCAUAUCCUUUUGAUUUUGCUCUUUUUUCUAUGUUAAGUAUGAAAUUUUUAUGAACCCUU